ACUUCCAGUUAGUGUGUGCAGUGAAUAGCCAGCAUGACACUUUGGUUAUUAUUUGAUCAUUUCUGCAUUAAGAGGAUGGUAAGUUUCAGAAUAUCCUUAAUGAACCUGUUUGGGUUGUAUCUCAUUUGUGAGGAUCACAGUGGAUGCUGUAUUGACUCUGUUUGGCAGCCGCCAAGCCCCAGCAUCAAUCAUCUGAAGGCUACCAGUGACGACCAAAGCCUCCUGGUAAACUGGCUGGUAAACCACAGCGGCUUAGUGGGAGAACUUUAUGAGAUCCAGAUUGGCCGCACUGAAAACCAUGCUGUUAUUUACAAUAGAAACCUGAGUAUAUCUUCCGUGGAUCCGUUCAAUUACACAUGGACAUGGACUUCUGAUGUGCCUCUGGAGUGUGUCGAUCACUCAGUCAGGAUACGACAUUUCUAUAAUCAGUCUGUCCCGAGUCCCUGGAGCAACUGGAAAACCAACAGCGGAAUCCUGCCAAAGGAUAAGGCCGUGAUCUUCCCCUCAGAGCGGAUGCUGAGAGAGCACGCCAGUGCCACGUUCUGUUGUGUUCCCCCAAGAGGAGUCAAUAUUACCAGCAUGAUCUUCAAUAAAAACGAAUACCCUCUCCUCAGCAUUGGAGCCGGAGUCAAGGCUAUCACUGUACAUAACCUGACCAUCCCAACAUAUUAUAUUAAACUCCUUACAGUCGAAUGCAGUCAUUCAAAAGGCAUCAGUUAUAACUCGAACUACAUCAGUUUUCCUCCCCAGAAACCCGCUAACCUCGGAUGUGUGACCUCAGACAUGACCAUAGUCCGUUGUAACUGGGAUUUAGACACAAAACGAGACCCUUACGAUUACAACACGCAAACACACACUCUCCACAUAGAGAACUCAGAGCAGCGUCCCAUCAAAUGCACAGAUUCGUCGUCUUGUUCUUUCCCCGUCAUCCCACUGUUGGAAAAUUACAACAUACGUGUGGUGGUGAAGGACAAGCUGGGAGAGGAGACAGAGAGCUACAGCUUCAACAUCUCUGAUCGAGUGUUUCCUGUGGUGGAGGUGGACGGAGUGAGUCCCGGGGUGACAAACGCCACUGUGUCCUGGAUUGUAAAUGGAAACUUGACUUGGUUGAACCUCCUCUGUGAGGUCACUUCAGACCCAGACGGCGUCACCGAGCUGAGCUGCAAUAGUGUGAAUGGUGUCUGCAAAGUCAAACUGGAACAUCUGUUUCCCAACACCGACUACUCCACCAGAGUACGUUGCUCUGUCAAUGGCAGACUCUGGGGAGAAUGGACAAAGCCCAGAUCCUUCACAACCUAUCCGUUGGUGACCCUGGAUGUAUGGAGGACAAUAAAGCAUCUCUCGGACCCGAACAGUCGUCAAGUUACACUUUUGUGGACUCCACAUGUUCCUGGCUCAGCAGCCGUAGUUACGAUCCAAGGCUACGUAGUUCAGUGGUCGCAGGAAAGCCAAAACUGGACCAAGACGAAGGACAGUGUGCAAACCCAGACAGAGGUCUCCAUCGAUCUGGGACAGUAUGACUUCACUGUCCAGGCUGUUCUCGACACCGGCUCUACCAUCCCUGCUCACAUCACCAUCCCACAGAGGGACGAUGAGGAAAUCAUCCCAGUAAAGAAGGGGUUGAGCAGCAGCACAGCGGCUGGCUUUAAUCUGUCCUGGGACGAACAGGACACUGCCACCUGUGGUUAUACUGUGGAGUGGUGCAAUCUGGGAAACACAGAGCCUUGUACUUCGCUAUGGCUGAAUGUGAUAGAGGGAAACAACACAUUGUUCCUACCUGCUAGAAACUUCAGUGCAGGUUUCAGGUAUACAUUUAAUAUCUAUGCAUGCACAAAAAAUGGACACCGACUACUGCAGGUACAGAAUGGAUACUCACAAGAGCUCAAAUCUGUACAGCCCCCGAUUCUGGUCGAACCUGUUCAGAGUUCUUCCUCAUCUGUGACUCUAGAGUGGAGUUACAAUGAAGACGAUCCAGCUCAUACUGCAUUCAUCACUGGUUACCUGGUUACAGGACAGGAAGUAGGGUCUGGCACGCUGCCAGGUCAUGCUGCAAAUGUGUUCAACGAGUCUGUGGCAGACCCUCGGAGGAAGUCUGUGACCAUAGAGGGUCUAAAGCAGAACCAAGAGUACGCCUUCUCUGUGAGCGCUCUCACUAAGGAGGGGGCUGGACAAUCAACCAGUAUCACUGUCAGGACCAGAACCAACUACUCUGCUCACCUGGCCAAGAUACUGACUCCCAUCUUGUUACUGCUGGGCUGCUUCAUUAUCCUGUGGCCUCAAAGAGAAAUACUGAAAAGUGGGCUGACGGAGAUGUUUGCUUAUCCCGCUGGUAUGAAUAUAAAAACUCUAGAGUUGGAAAGCUUCCUGCAUGAGACUGGUGAGAGGCUGCAGUCUCAGAAGAUGGCGGAGUGCAUCAGCUGUGACAUUGAGAUCCUGACUAGCACACCUCUUUUGAAUGAAACAACCGCACUGAGAGAUCCUGAACCCCCGAACGCACCGCCGUGUCCUGGUUCCCAGUCCUCUCCUUCAACCAUGUCACUCUCCAGUGUCCCGCUCCAGCAAGACUACGUUCCACAGUCAGUCACAGCGUUCCCUCAACAAAUAACAUGCAUCACAAACGAUUCUUAUUUCCACACCAGGGAGGAAGAUUUAUCUGAAAUCAAAUCAAGCGUUGAACCUCCUGAGAGUCUGACGGAGUCAUGUAGUGUUACACAUGGUUAUAUCCCCAAUAACACUUCAGAAGUAUGAAGUCAAAGACCAGGCCCAAAACCUCUGUCAUGUUUUCAAAAGUAAUACUGUAAAUAGUUUAUUAGACGUAGUAUGUAAAUGUAAAUGUGUGAAGCUUUUGUAUUUGUGCCACAUUUUAACAUACUAUAAUAUAGUAUAUAUGCAUA